AAUGGCAACUUCAUUUGAUUGACAAUACGUCAAAAUUUAAUUUCUAGUAUAUUUUUUUUUAUAUAUAAUUUUACAAGUAACCAAGGGGGGAAUUUUUUUUUAUCAGUUAAAUCUAUAAUUUAAUAAUAAAAAAUAAAUUGGAGAUGAAGAAAUGCGUCGUUCAUGGAUGACUCCUGGUGCAGGAAAAUCACAAGAGUCAUUUAAAAAUGAUCCAAAGUUUGAGCUUGGUUCAAUAAUACGUUCAUUUGCUAAAAAUUCAUCAAUAUUAUCACGUCAACAGACAUUUAUCAAUGAACCUGGUCCUGGUAAAAGUCUCACUGAUAUUGUCAAUCGAUUAACAAAUUCAGUUGAAUCAAGAAAAUCAUUAACUGAUAAAACACGUAAUUUAUUUUGUAAACAAAAUUUACAAUUUAAUAAUGAGGGAGAAAUGUCAACAACUGAAACAGCAAUUAAUGGCAAUAGAAUAUCAAGAUAUGAAAAUGAUUUGAGAAUAAGAAGUAUGGAUCAAAUUGAAUCAUCAAGACCCCUGUCUUCUAGGAUAAAUGAAAAUUAUGAUGUAAUGUCAAUGAGAUCAUCAAUAUCAAGAAGUAGAAUAUCAUCAACUGUUUCAAUUAAUUUUGAUGAAGAACUAUGGCCAACAACACCAAGAUCAUUAAAUACAUCAAGUGAUAUUUCAAAGAUAUUUUCAAAUUCUUUAAAUUGUCAAGGACUACAACAAGUUGCUGAACGUCUUGAAGAUUUUAUUCCUACACGUGAUAAUGAUGUACAAAAAAUUAAACAAAAUUAUAAAAAUGAAAAUAUAAUUUCAGCUGAUUUAGAUAAAAUUAAUUCACCUGAGAUUGAUGAAAAAAUUAAGGAUAGCUUGUUUAAUUGUGAAAGGAAAAAAUCACGUAUGAAAAUAAAAUCAAGACAACUGCAGUCAUGUAGCUUAGAUAAAGAAAAAAAAGUAUGUUUAAUAUCACCAAAAAAAAAUGAAGUUAAAUUAAAGCAAGAUGAUGUAAUAAAUAAAAAUGUAGAAGAUGUUGAAUCAAAAGAAAAUACUGAAAAGCAAGAAGUCAAUUAUGCUGUACAAAAAAAUAAUGUUAAUGACUCAUCAAUGAAUUCUGUUGUUAAUUCAAUAACUAAACAACAAAAAUCAGAAAUAUUUAUGAAAAAAAAUACAAAAUAUGAUCAAAUUAAGAGUAGAUACACUUGUGGAAUAUCUGGUGGUUUGAGGGCAUGUGCAAAGCAAUCAAAAAUGAUGAUACCACAAAGUAAAAGACUUCGUGCUUUAUUUAAACCAAUGGCAGGAAUACAAGAGCCAACAAUUACCUUCAAAAAAAUAAAAUCAAAACAAGAAGAUAAAGAUAAAAUAAAUGCUCCAAUUUGGCGACCAGGUGGAUCAAUUAAAUCUCAACCAACAUGUAGCAUAGAUGCCUCAAAUAAAUUAUCAAUAUUAUCACAAAAAAAAGACAACUCAUUACUAAGAUCAAAAACUUUUGUUGACAAUAUUAAAACAAGAUCUGAGCCAUUAAAAAAAAUUGAUGAAAAAUUAGAGUUAACAAUUGAUCAAGAUGAUUGUAAAGAUGAUUUUGAAAAAAAUAAAAAACGUCAUAAAAAUUCAUUAAACAUUCUGAAAGAAAUUAUUUCAUAUGGAGAAAAUAAUGAAAAAUUAAAAAAAGAUACAAGUGAAUCAUCAUCAGAAGAAUCAUCAAUAAAUUCAAAAACUCUUAUUGAAAAAUUGGCAAGUCUUUCAGACUCAUCAGAAACUUCGUUAACUUCUGAUGAUGACAUUGAAGAAGAAGAAAAAGUAACAUCACUAAAAUCAACAGUCAACAAUCAAUCUCAAACUGAAGAGAAACAUGAACAAAAUCAGAGUCUUCAAACAGACAUAACAUCAACUGGUAUUAUUGAUAAAAAACAAACAAGUACUGAUGAAUCAAUGCAUGAUCAAGUGACUCAAACAUCAAUGACUUCUUUAAAACCAUCAAAAGAAAAUAAAGAUGCAUCAAUAGAAACAAUAAAAUUAAUUUUAAAAUGUCAGCAAAUAAAUACUGAUAAAAAAAUAAUGAUUGACACUGCAAAUGCAACUGUUAGUCUUGAUAAUUAUUCAAACUGUGAUACAGCAUGUCAAACUGAAUAUUACUUAAGACCAAUUGACAUUAAAACAGAUAAAUUAAUUCCGUUAAAUUUAAAUUCAUGUGAUAAAUUUGUAUCAUCAUUUUCAAAUGAAUUAAAAACAUCAACAAAAUGUAUUGAAGAUUGUUGUAAAAAAUUAUCAACAAAUAUAGCACAACAACAAAAUGAAAUAUUUAAAAUUCCAAUUGAUGUCAUUAAGGCAUUUGAACUUGCUGCUGAAAAAGCACGUAAUCUUCAUCGUGCUAUUGAAAUUUAUCACAAUACAAUAUCUGAUGAAACUGAUGGUCAAAAAAUUGAUAAAUUAAAUAGUGAUAAUUUUAUUUUCAAAAGAAAUAAUGAUCAUUGGACAUUUGAAGAAUCAUCUGAUUCAUUUGCUAAUAAUAAAAUUAUUAAAAAUAAUUUUUAUAAUAUUUUAAUUCAACAAGACGUUCAAAUUAUUAUUCAUGAUAUUUUAAAUCAAGUUGAUGAAUCAAUAAAUUCUACAAAAAAUAAUAAUAAAAUUAAAAAAAAAUUUAUUAUUAAAUAUGAAUCUGAUGAAUUUUCAUUAAUAAGAAAAAUUAUUCUUCCAAUUAUUUAUGGUGCUAUUUGUAUAUUUGUAUUUUGGUCUCUUCAAUUUUCGAUAAUUUGUGAAUAAUAAAUUUUUAUUUUAUCAAAGGUAAAUUUAUUUCUAUAUAAAAA